AUAUCGACUGGUCGCUCGCUGCUGAGUCGCCUUCUGUUGUUUUUUUUUUGUUGUUUGCAAAGUGAAUGAAUAAAAUAUUUUUAUCCAAGUUGGUUAAUAAUUUAUUUUGCAAUCGCGUGCAAUUUCAACAAAAAUCAUUCUUCUAAUUGAUAUUCGUUUAGUCAAUUGAUUUACUCAUACAUUUUUGUGCAAAGUAAAAUUGCAAAGAAAAGAAAUGUUCGCAUACAAUUAAGAGUUAUACAUUUUUCUUAUUUGCAAUUUUAUUUUAUAGUAGUGAAUAUAACUACAUAUAUUCUAUAUUUUUGAAUAAAUAAUUAAAACAUAAAAGGACAUCUAAUUAGAAAAAAAAAAAAAUAGAAAACAAAGUAAAAACAAAAAACCAAUUUGACAAUGGAAUCAUUUCUCAGCUUAUUCGAUCCCAAUUCGCCGGAUGACGGAUUUGACGAAGAGGACGUACGGAACGGCAAUGGACUUAAUCAAACAAAUUCAAGUAGCAGUGAAAGUGACAAUGAUAAUCACAAUGGUAAAAUCAUAAUUGAUUUCGAUCAAGGAAUUUUACCGCCUGAACCUCAAUUGGGUAAUAUCGAAUACAAGCUAAAACUUAUUAGCCCAUCUAAACAGAGAUUUGAACAUCUGGUAACACAAAUGAAAUGGCGUCUACGCGAGGGUCAUGGAGAAGCUAUCUAUGAAAUCGGAGUUUCCGAUUCAGGCCAUCUGCAUGGUCUUAAUGAAAAAGAUAUGAAUGCAUCAUUGGCAACUCUUAAGCAAAUGGCUCAUAAACUUGGAGCAAGUACAACUGUUCUCAGACGUAAAUUUGUUGCUGGUCGACGAUCUGUAGCCGAAGUUCUUGUCCGAAAAAUUCCAGACGACCAACACAACAUUGAAGUUCGAGUAGCAGUGUUGGGCGAUGCCGAUGCGGGCAAAUCAACUCUUCUAGGUGUUCUGACACAGGGUGAAUUUGAUAAUGGUCGAGGCAGAGCACGUCUCAAUAUGUUUCGACACAUGCACGAAAUUCAAUCAGGCCGGACAUCAUGCAUAUCUCAUGAAACCCUUGGUUUCGAUUCCCAAGGCAAUGUCAUCAACUACAAAUACAAUGAGAUGAUGACUGCAGAAGAAAUAAGCGACCGAUCGACCAAGUUGGUGACAUUUAUGGAUUUAGCCGGCCAUCGACGUUAUAUGAAGACAACAGUGCAGGCACUGUCCGGGUACUCACCGCAUCAUGCAAUGCUGGUCGUUUCGGCAGGCGGAGGUUUUAAUGGAACAAGCAAAGAACAUCUAUCAAUCGUGCGAGCUCUAGAUAUGCCCUUUUUCAUUGUUGUUACCAAAACUGACAUAACCUCGCCCGACGAGACUGUCCACGAAUUAAAGAAUAUCUUAACAUCAAUUGGAUGUCGAAAGGUCCCAUUCCUGGUGACUAGCAGUGACGAUGUUUUAACGGCAGGUUCCAACCAAGAGUCGGAAAAUAUAGUGCCGAUAUUUUGUGUGUCCAAUGUGACUGGAGCUGGACUCAAUCUGGUUACAAAAUUCUUAUAUGUCCUAUCGCCGGGCAUAAGUAAUUCUGAAAAAGAGAGGCUUGAACAAGAUCCCUGUGAAUUUCAUAUUGAUGAAAUAUUCAGAGUUUCGGAAGUUGGUCCUGUAGUGGGAGGUCUGUUGGUAAAAGGUGUUCUCACAGAGAACAUGCAAAUGAAGAUAGGACCGCUUCCCGAUGGAAAGUUUCAUUCAGUAACUGUACAAACAAUACAUCGAAAUAAAGCACCAUGUCGAGUAGUCAGAGCGGGACAAAGUGCUUCAUUGUCUUUUACACCAAACCAGAACUUGCCAGCACUUAGAAGCGGAAUGGUUCUAUUGGUUGACAAUCAUCUUGGCGAUGAACCAUGUGGAACUUUCUUUUUUCAGGCCAAAGUAUCAGUACUUUUCCAUGCAACAGCAAUAUAUGUUGGUUUCCAGACAACAGUACAUAUAGGCAGUAUCAGACAAACAGCCAUCAUUCGUGGAAUAAUGGGUGGCGAGAAAAUUGGUACCAAUGACAAUGCCUCGGUAAUGUUUCAAUUCGUAGGACAUCCCGAAUAUGUGCGACCCGGUAUGAGGAUACUCUUUCGCGAAGGUACCAGCAAGGGAAUUGGAUUGGUAACUCAAGUGUUUCCACUAAACAAGUAAAAAAUGCUGCCAUGAAUUUCACAUUUAAACAGAAAACAACAAACAAAAAAUUAACUCCGAAUUAAUUAGUAUUUUUUUCUUCAUUUGUUUGUUCUUCUCUUAUAAACAAAAUUAUUAUUAUUAUAAAACCAUAGGUAUGACUUGGAUUGUGGAAAAUAAUUCUUCUGUGAUUUUAAAAGAUAUCAUUUUCUUUUUUAAAUGAAAAAAAAAAAUAUUUAAAAAAAUCUUUUAAAGGAAAUUUUGACUAGAACUUUGUAAAGCAUAACAGAAUAACAUAUUUAAUGUUUUAACAUUUUGAAAGUAUGUAAAAGCUUAUAAAUUUAAGUUUGCUUAAAUGAUUUUUUUUUUUUUUAUUUUUUUUGUAGACGAAUAAUCAAUCUAUAUUUAUAUUUACAACAAAAACAAAGAAAAGAUAUUUAUUAAUAUAAUAUUUAAGAUGAAACAUUUUUUGAUUUCUUAGAAACUUUAUAAACGUCCAGUUUU